AUGUCUCCUGUUCGGACCUAUUACUUUGGGGACACGUGGGGUCAUCCGUGGAGUGAGGUGGACGGGGCAGAGGAGGAGGAGGAGGGGGAGGAGCAGGGGGAAGGGGAAGGGGAGGAUGAGGGAAACGAACAGGAGGAAAGUGGGGAGGACGGUGGGGAGGGAGAAGAGGAGGAGUGGGAGGAGUGGGGAGGCGUAGAGGGAGGUGCAGUGGAGGAGUUGAGGGAGAGCAUGCAAGCCAUGCUGGUCAACGCCACACCCCCACAGCUCGAGGAUGAUGACGAGGAGGAGGAGGAAGAAGAGGAGGAGGAUGAGGAAGAUGAAUGGGAGGAAGGAGAGGAGGAGGAGGACGGUGAGGGGGAGGAGGUGGAGGCAGGGUAUCUAGAGGAAUCAGUAGGGAAGUUACAGUCAACCCCACUGGGAACAUCUAGCACUCCUGUAGCCGCCACAGCCAGUGCAGGUGGGGAGAGGUAUCACCAGCACCCAGGAGAAAGAGUCACACCUUUACUGAACGCUGAGAGUCCGAUUCUGCACGGGACCUUUCCUGGGUAUCGGGAAGAGGAGGCGGGGAGUGAGGGCAAGGGGAGGGGGCCGAGGAGACGAUUGGAGGAUGAAAUGGCUGCGCUUGAAACGAGGGGGGGGCGAGCAGAGGGGGAAGCGGGAGAGGGAGACAGAGGAGAGGCGCCAGAAGCAAUGGCAGUGCAGCAGGUGAUGCGGGCUCUGGGGUUCUCAGGGCUGUUGUUCCUGGCUCAUGCCGUGCUGUCUGCUGUGCUGCUAGCCCGGCUCAAGGCGCACGUGCAUGCAUCCGCAGGAGCCGUUUUCGACCGUCGGAUCCUCCCGCGCCUGCAUCGGUGGCUGCAGGUCACUGCCCUGCCCUUCGUUACUAUCACCACCUGCACAGUCACCACCAAUAGGACUGGCACCACCGAUGUUAACAACACCACCAUUGGUGGCACCAGCAGAGUUUCUGCCCCCGCCGUCAUCUCCAGCCGUGGAUCUCGUGUGUCUGAUCAGAUCUCAGCCACACAUCUGCGGCAGUGGCAUGCCUGGUUGCGCCACGUGGCGGGCAGUGAGCUGUGUGCGGUGCGCACAGGGCAGCUAUUUGACAUCAUAGUCGAUUACCCGGACUCCACCCCUGCCCUCCUAGACCUUAAAGACUGCCUCGAGAAUGGCGGAUCAAUGGGAGGGGAGGGGUUGGGCAUGGGAGGGGAAAGCAGCAUUGUUGGGGGGAAUGUGUAUGGGAGGCUGGUCGCAUCGUUUCGGACCGCACUGGCCAAUCGGCUGCUGACAGCUGGCGCGUCGACGGCGGAUAUCCUGCAGCAGUAUGUGUCGGCUAUUCGAGCCCUGCGGCUGGUAGAUCCGUCAGGGGUGGUGCUGGAGGCGGUCAGUGAGCCCAUUCGACAGUACCUGCGAGGCAGAAAGUGUGUUCUGCGGCUGGUGGACCCGUCGAGGGUGGUGGUGCUGGAGGCAGUCAGUGAGCCCAUCCGAUUCGCCAGUACCUGCGAGGCAGAAAGUGAGUGCUGCUGUGCUGGGAAGGGGAAAGGUGGCGCCAUCAAGAGUGCUGCUGACGUGGCAGAUGACGUGGCAGGGGAGGCGGGUGACCCGGGUGACCUGUCGCUGCUGGAGGAGCUAAGCCGGGCGGCGGAAGGGGGCAAGGGGGAGGCAGGGGGGAGUGGGGAAGGGGAGGAGGAAGGGGCAGGUUUGGGAGAAGAUCUGGCUGCAGCUUAUGCUGCUGUCGAGCGCUGGCAGCCAGACCCCAUCGAUGCAGACCCCUGGCAGUCGUCAGGGCAGGCGCAGAGGGCGAGGGAUAUAGUGCGCGUGCUGGCGGGGGUGUUCGGGUCGCGGGAGGUGCUGCUGGGGGAGUAUCGAGGCAUGCUGGCGGAGCGGCUGGUGGGGCGAAUGGGGUAUGACACUGACAGGGACGUGCGCACUCUGGAGCUGCUCAAGGCAUGCUGGCGGAGCGGCUUGUUGGGCGCGCUGGGUAGGACACUGACCGGGACGUGCGGACACUUGAAUUGCAUGCUGGCGGAGCGGCUGAUGGGGCGCGCUGGGUACGACACUGACCGGGACGUGCGCACUCUGGAGCUGCUCAAGCUCCGCUUUGGAGAAUCCAAUCUGCACGCGUGUGAAGUGAUGUUGAGGGACAUGGCGGACUCAAAGCGAAUCAACGGCAACGUGAAGGCGGCCAUGCGGCAAGCACGGGAGGAGGCUCGGGACUUGGCAGAGGCGCGGGAGGAGAGUGUAGAUACGAGAGGAGUAGGUAAGGGUGGAUGGGGAGGAGGGCAAAGGGUGGUAAAACAAGCGAUGAGGCAGGCGAGGGAGAAGGAGGCUCAGGAGCUGGCGGAGGCCCGUGCGCUGGUGCCCGUGCUGCUGGUGCUUGUGCUGCUAUUGUUCCUAUCCACCAAAUUUUCCACCUCCCCUCCGUUUCCCCCUCUUUCUCGAAUGGUUUCACACUCGUGUGCAGGCCAAUCAGUGGUGGGGGCAGGGAGGGGAGCAGCAACGGCACAGAGAGAAAGCAGGGGCACAGGGGGAGGUGUAUCUGGGGCAGGUGUAUCUGGAUCGGGGGUAUCUGGGUCAGGCUCAUCUGCAUGGUCCCAGGCACACACGCCUGAGCACCUGGUGGUGAGGGGCAUGGCAUCGUUCUCCACCCCUCCAGACCGACCUGGGAGAGGAGGAGAAGGGGGAGAGGGAGGGGGAGGGGGAGGGAUUGUGGGAGGGGGAGGGGCGUCGCAGUGGUUCACACCAGACUCGUUUGCUUCUUCUCCUCCUGCUGCUGCAGCAGCAGCACAGGCACCCCCUGGUGAGUUCUGUGAGGUCUCUAAACAGGUGGGGGAGGGGCGUCGCAGUGGUUCACUCCAGACUCGUUUGCUUCUCCUCCUCCUGCUGCUGCAGCAGCAGCACAGGCACCCCCUGUGGUUCACACCAGACUCGUUUGCCUCUCCUCCUCCUGCUGCUGCAGCAGCACAGGCACCCCCUGGGGCACCUGCCCCUCCUCCCCGGGCAGCCCGCCCAAAUCUUCUGUCCCGCUGGGCCCGCCUCCGCCCGGACCUCCGCACACCGACUUUUUCCGGUGACCGUUCCGCAGAUCGUGGGCAGCCUGGAAAUUCUGCCCGAACCCCCGGCCAAUCAGGUGGCGGCAGCUCAGCAAUGGGGGGAAACAGGAGCACUGGGAGAGGCGGGCAGGGGGGGUUAUGGGAUGUUAUGGAUGCACUGGGAGGGGAGGGGAGUGGGGAUGAGGAGGAUGAGGGGGAGAUGGAAGGAGGGGAGGAGGAAGAGGAGGACGGUAAGCCGGAGGAGAAAGAGGAGUUGCUAGAAGCAGAGAAUCUAGACGCCACGAUCGUCUCGGCACUGUUCUGGCCGGCUUUCCAGGAGGAAUCGGUGCGGUUACCAGCGCCUGUAACCAAGCUGAUGGAGGAGUAUUCAACCAAUUAUGCGACGCUGAAAGCGCCCCGUAAGCUGCAGUGGAAGGCGAACCUUGGAGAUGGUGAUGCUGAUGCCGCCGCUGCUGCUGCUGCUGGUGAGGGUGCUGGGCUGGGUGGGUUGCGAGGGGAUGGAGAGGGGGAGGAUAUGGUAGCAGGCGGAGAGUUGCUAAUCGGGGAUGAGGACGAGGAGGAGGAGGGGGGAGGCAUGGUGGCAUCACUAGAAGCGCAGAGGAAGCAGGAGAGUGCGGUGCACGAGUCGUUCAUAACAGGCAUGCUCACCACGUUCGACGGCCUCCCUAUAGAGCGAAUCCACAACAUGCUCAAGAUGUUUGUGUCCGACCCGCCAUAUGAUCGCUCACUGGCGCAGCUGCACGCGUUUCUGGGGGUGCUGGUGGCGCAGGAGAAGCUGGAGCUCAGGGAUGGGCUGUACCGUAAGAAGAAAUAG